CUUUUUAUGAUGACAAAUGUACAGUAUACACAUGUAUAUUUGGUCUUCCAAAGAUGCAUACAUCUAACAUUUUCAGUCUCCUAUUAUAAUCACCUAUCAAAUCCAUCCUCCCUAGCUUGCUAUAUUUUUUCUACUAGCAAUUGGUCACUAUAAAUAUAUACUCCAUGCCCUAAUAUCACUAAAAAUAUAUACUCCAUGCUCUAGCAUAUUAUCAGACACAAAUCACCUUUCACUUCUCCUAUAAUUAAUAUAUCCCAACCAUUGAAGUGUAAUAAAAUCAAGAAGGAAAACAAUGGGGAACGAAUUGAUGGUUUUUGUGGUAAUGGUGAUUGUGCAAGUUGCAUUUGCUGGUAUGAUAAUAAUAUCAAAAUUAGUUAUGGAUGGUGGCAUGAAUGCUUUUGUUCAGUCUGCUUAUAGACCUAUUUUUGCCACUAUCUCCAUUGCUCCCUUUGCUUUCUUCUUAGAGAGGAAAACUAGACCAAAGUUGACACGCUCUGUUCUUUUUCAAAUAUUUUUGUGUUCUAUUUUCGGGAUAACAGCGAAUCAAAAUAUAUAUUUCAUUGGGAUAAAGAAUUCAACUCCAACAAUUGUCUCCGCCAUUGAUAAUUUAAUCCCUGCUUUCACAUUUAUCAUAGCCGUACCCUUGGGGGUUGAAAAAAUGGGGUUAAGAAGUAUAGCAGGACAAGCCAAGUUUUGGGGCACAAUAGUAUGUGUUGGAGGUGCCAUGCUAUUGUCAUUAUAUCAUGGCAAAGUUGUUAUUGGCCAACUCGGAUUCCACUGGAAAUAUGCUGAAAGUACAAACGAAGAUGUUAAUUCAGCCCAUUCCAACUUCUUUUUAGGACCUUUUCUACUUAUAAUGUCCAGUCUCACUUAUGCCAUUUGGUUGAUCAUUCAGGCAAAGGUAAACGAGAAGUAUGCAGCUCCAUAUACAUCAACAUUAUUGAUGUGCCUAAUGGCAAGUGUGGAGUGUGUCAUUAUUGGCUUCUGCGUCGUCCCUAAACUUUCUGAAUGGACAUUAAAUCCCAUUAGAGCUAUCUCAGUUGUCUAUAAUGGUGUUGUUGCUACAUCGCUUACAUAUUUUCUAAGUUCAUGGUGCAUUGAGAGAAAAGGUCCUUUAUAUGUCUCCAUGUUCAAUCCGUUGCUGUUAGUUAUUUCGGCAUUUCUCAGUUGGAUUUUGCUUCGUGAGAAAUUAUACCUUGGAGUAGUUGUAGGGUCAAUCUUAGUAGUGGCUGGGCUUUAUGGAUUUUUGUGGGGUCAAAAGAUGGAGACAAGUGCAGAGGAUAUUGAAGUAAAUAAAGAGAAGAAGCAGUCCACUAAUUUACAAGCUGAUUUGGAAUUGCAAUUACCUCAGAAUCCUAAGGCUAAUGUUCAUCCUCUACAGUUGAAGCAGAUCUCUCAGAAUAUAAAAACUGAGUUAUGAAAGGAAGUUGUUAUUCGCAUUCAACAUGUGUAGGGCGUAUUGUUUAAUUUCCUAACCUUGGAAUACGCGCGGCACUUAGUUAACGAUAGUAGUUUAAUUGUCGCUAAAUUAUGUUUCUUAGAGUUAAUUAUUAGUGACAAUUGAUACUCUUUGUAAAUGUCCAUAAAACCUAUGGCGAUAUUGCAUUCAAUGACAAUUAAUCAAUGCCAAUAAAAGUUUUAGCA